AUGUCUCUCGGAAAGAAGGUUACUCUCAACACCGGUGCCCAGAUCCCCCAACUGGGAUUCGGUACCUGGCAGUCUGCCCCCGGCCAGGUCGGCGAGGCUGUCUACCAGGCCCUGAAGGCUGGCUAUCGUCACCUGGAUCUGGCCACCAUUUACCAGAACCAGCGUGAGGUCGCCGAGGGUAUCAAGCGCGCUUAUAAGGACGUUCCUGGCCUCAAGCGUGAGGACCUCUUCAUCACCUCCAAGCUCUGGAACACCCAGCACGACCCCGCUGUUGUCGAUAAGGCCCUUGAUGAGUGUCUCGCCGAGCUUGAGCUCGAAUACCUCGACCUUUACCUCGUCCACUGGCCCGUCGCCUUCAAGACCGGCGACAACCUCUUCCCUCUGGAGAGCCAGAAUGAUGUCCUCAUUGUGGACGACAUCUCCAUCGUCGACACCUGGAAGGCCGUGACCAAGCUCCCCAAGUCCAAGGCCCGCGCUGUCGGUGUCUCCAACCACACCGUUGACCACCUCGAGGCCAUCAUCAACGCCACCGGUGUUGUCCCUGCAGCCAACCAGAUCGAGCGUCACCCCGUCCUUCAGAGCAAUGACCUGAUCGAAUAUGCCGCCAAGAAGAACAUCCACAUCACUGCUUACUCCGCCUUCGGAAACAACAUGUACAACAUCCCCCUUCUCGUCGCCCACCCUGACGUCAAGGCCGUCGCUGAGGAGGCCUCCAAGCGCACCGGCAAGACCGUCACCCCCGCGCAGGUCAUCCUUAACUGGUCCCAGGUUGGCGGCCACUCGGUCAUCCCCAAGUCGGUCACUGCGUCGCGCAUCGUCGAGAACUUCCAGGAGGUCGAGCUCACCCCCGAGGAGAUUGCCAAGGUCUCCAAGCUCGGCGAGAACCGCCGCCGCUACAACACCCCUUACGUGGCCAACCAGCCCCGCUGGAACAUCAACAUCUUUGGCGAGGAGGACGAGAAGCCUGCCACUCACAAGGUCAUUGUUUAA